AUUGCGGUCUUCGCCUCGUUGACUCUGAAAUGCGGAGUGCUUCAUGGCAGUUCAUGGCGCUUGUUGUCCCACUUGUCUUGCCUGCGGAUCCAGGGGCUAUGAGACACGUUCUUGCCUGCUAAAAGAAGGUGCAUCUGUGGGGGCCGGGCAUCAAAAAUUGGGAACAUGAUGCUUGCUGAUUGCCAGUUGGACUUGCGGGGGGCUGACAAAGUAGCGCUAUAGAUGCAGCAUUUGCGGCAGCAUUCUGGUAGAUUCUCGCAACAGAUCACAAGUCUUUUAAGUGUCUCCUUACUUAGCACUACUGCAUGGUGCAAAUGAAGAGCGGUGUAGCUAGAUGCCAUCUGGUUCACAUGAAAGCAUAGCCGCGACUUGGACACCAUGGACGUGUCAAUGUCUGUGGAUGGCCCGGCAAACUUCCUGUCCGGAGCAGACAAGGUCGCUGCUGCUGUGGACAAAGGGGGCUACAAUUUCCGGAAGCGCAGGAGCCCCACUGACUUCGAUCAGAAGGCCUGGGGGCCUAUAUCCCCAAAACGAGAGAAGCGCGAGGGAGGCUUUCCCUCUGGCCCGCUGACUCACGGAACGGGGACUGAGAAGAAACAGCCAAAGUCCCCGCACAAAAGGCGCCCGGAGCAGACCCCCGAGAGAAUUGCACUCAGGGGCAGAGAACAGGAUUAUGAAGAGGUAGACUCAGGGGGUGGUGUACUAAAGGUGGACCAGGCGAGGCAGAAGUCCCCCUCAAGGAGAUAUGAGCAGCAAGAACCACCGCGUGGGGGCACUGAUGCCAAACCUAGGGUGGAGAAAGCGCGUCACGGCACCCCACAACGAGACGACCCAGCACAGAAGUCUCCGUCCCGCCGGUAUGAGGACCAAAAGCCCCCCCGGAGCAGUACCCCUGCAAAGGGGGGGGUAGAAAAGGCACGGCAGGGGUCCCCCUGGAGAGAGAGAACAGAAGCGGAGAGGGCAAAGUCCCCUGGAAGGCAUGUAGGAGGUCCAAGCGCGUUUAUGGCGUCAGAGGACAAGGGGCCGGAGGACGGCGGGGGGAGGGCGAUCGUGAAAGACGAGGUGACGGUGCUGAAGCGGCAGCUGAAGGAUGAGAUGGCGGCGUCGAAGGUGUUGCAAAAGAAGCUGCGCGAGUUUGAGGAGGAGCGAGCGCACGACUUGAAGGACCUGACGCGUGCGAUGGACACUCUCAAAGCCAAAGAGUACGAACUGGAGAUGUACGUGAGCAACCACCAGAAGAACAGGGCCUCCCGGCAAGGGCAGGAGCAGGAGGUGCGUAGCCGGUCGCAGGAGCUCGAGGGCCAGCUGGCAGCGAUUGCCGACGAGUGCGGCGCGCUGCGGGACGUCCUCGAGCGACGGACGCGGGAGAUCGACGACCUGAGGCGGCAGCUGAGCGAAAGAACAGCUGAGGCCCAACGGCUGGGUGAGCUCGUAGACAAGCAAGCAGCCGAGCUGGCAAACGAACGGUCCAGGGCAGGCGACCGGUGGCGUGACCUCCACGAGCAAAUCUGCAAGGAGAUCGGCGCCGUUCAUCCCGCCAGUGGCGAUGCUCCCUCACCGGAUGCUUCCGAAGCAGAAGAUGCGGAGACGAGCGAGCGGCUCGAGAACGAAACAAAGGCUGCCGUCAGGAAGCUAGUCUCGGAAUAUGAGGAGCUCAAGCGGCGCUUCGCCCUCGAGAGCGCGGCCCGCAAGAAGUACUACAACGAAGUGCUCGAAAUGAAAGGCAACAUCCGCGUCUUCUGCCGCUGCCGCCCCCUGGCCCCCUCGGAGAUCUCCUCCGGGCAGUCCAACGUCGUCGACUUCGACGUCAAGGGCGAGAACGAGCUGCUGGUCCGCUCGGGGCCCCGCCCCGGGGACAAAAAGGCGUUCAAGUUUGACCGGGUUUUUAACCCGGAGGCGGACCAGGCGGAGGUGUUCGCGGACACGGCCCCCGUGGUCAUGUCCGUUCUGGACGGCUUCAACGUGUGCAUCUUCGCCUACGGGCAGACCGGCACUGGCAAGACUUUUACCAUGGAGGGCACACCCGCCAACCGCGGUGUGAACUACCGCACCAUCGACGAGCUCUUCCAGCUGGCGCGCCAGCGGCAUGGCGAGGCGCGCUAUGACGUCAGCGUGAGCGUGCUGGAGAUCUACAACGAACAGAUCCGGGACCUGCUGGCCGCGCCGGGGAGCGGGCAGAAAAAGUUGGAGAUCCGGCAGGGGCACCAGGGCAACCACGUCCCGGGGCUGACGGAGCACCCCGUGACGUGUGCUGACGAGGCGUGGGAGCUGCUGCAGAGCGGCAGCCGCAGCCGGAGCGUUGGGGCGACCAACGCCAACGAGCACAGCAGCAGGUCGCACUGCAUGCUUGGCAUCUCAGUCAAGUGCGAGAACAAGGUGACCGGUGAGACCACCCGGUCGCGGCUGUGGCUGGUGGACCUGGCCGGGAGCGAGCGCGUGGGGAAGAGCGAGGCGAGCGGGGACCGGCUCAAGGAGGCGCAGAGCAUCAACAAGUCGCUGGCUGCGCUGGGUGACGUCAUCGCUGCGCUCACCACCAAGAGCGCGCACGUGCCGUACAGGAACUCCAAGCUGACGCACUUGCUGCAAGACUCGUUGGGCGGAGACUCCAAGGCGCUCAUGUUUGUCCAGAUCAGCCCCGCCGAAUCGGACGCCGGGGAGUCCCUCUGCAGCUUACAGUUCGCCAGCCGCGUGCGGGGGAUCGAGCUGGGCCCCGCCAAGCGGCAGGUCGACGGCAACGAGCUCUUCAAGUACAAGCAGCUGGUUGCCUCCGCCAAGCAGGAAGCCAAGGCGCGGGAGGAGGCCCUGAAGCAGCUGCAAGAGGGCGUGCGCGCGGUCGAGGGGCGGCUGCAGAUCAAGGACAAACUGUGCGCCACGCUCAGCGAGAAGGUGCGCAUCAAGGAGACCAGGGAAGCAGAGCUGGAGGCGCAGCUUCUGGCCGAACGGCGGGCCCUGUUGGAGGCCCGCGCCGCCGUCGAAGCUGCGCAAAACGAGCUGCACAUGCUGCGCCUGGCCGGCAACAGGGCCCCCGCCAACCCGCGUUUAGAAACGGGCUCGCGAGACACCGGCGGUGGCCUCGACCGGGGACCAUAUUCUCAAGCCACGUACCACGAGAGGCAGGAAGGUGGGCGGGGCAACAGCAGUAGCGCGCUUCAUGGGGGUGGCGAUUACAGGGCUUCAGAAUCGGACCGUCGUCAUGAAACGGGUCACCAGUCCGGGGCGGAGAGGCCGUACCAGGAGCCGCAUUCUACGUCGGAUCGCGUGACUGCGGCGAUGGCGGCGGCGCAAGCGGCGAUCGCGGAACGGAAGGCGCUGAUCGAAAGCGCGCGCCAGGAGACCUCGCCGCUCGGGAAGCAAAACCCUAAACCCUCCGCCGGCGACUUGCCGACGUCAGCCGCUAAGCCCCCCGGUCUGCCAAGGCCGGACUUCCACCGGGAGAAUGCUCAUUCCGGGUUAAGAGAAACUGGGUUUAGGGAAGCCGGGUUAAGGGAAACCGCCGGGAUGACGAUUGGCACGUCAGGCGGGGCUGAGGCGUUUGGAAUCACCGGCAGAGGGGCUAUUCACACCGGGUCUGAUUCGACCACGGUCGACGCGAGCGUGAGUCUCGGCGACUGGGGCAGGGGCGAUUCGCGAGGGGGAAUGGGAGCCAGUGUGAAUAGCCGUCCGUAUAAUCAGCAGCCCGGAGACCGGCGGCUUCCCCCCUGGUCAGAGACCGCAGAAGCGCACCAGGGGGGUCAGAAUGACCCGGGAAGGCCCCCCCCGACCGUGAACAGGGCCCCGAGAGUCGUUGCGUCGAGGUUUAACGUCGCGGUAACGGGACCGACUAUCGGGACCCCGCUUCGAGUGCGGCCAACCAGCGCACGGCCGCCAGUUAGUGCGCCAAAUUUACAGCCUGGUUUGAUGCAAAACCCCGGGUUUGGGGCGGCGGGCUUCGAGGAAGAACGGCGUGGGAGCGUGUAUCGAACAGCCCCCACUUCAGCAAACCCCGGCCCCGUAAGCGGUGCGUUUUUGGAGGAGAGAAGGGGAAGCGUGUACAGGGCCUUGGGCGGAGAUCCCAACCAGCCGUACGGCAACCAGUCAGAGGAUUCGGGCGACGAUAGAAGCGGGAGCAGGGGCUCGACGGUCGCUGCGAAGCAGGGGGACGCGUAUGACGCUUCCAGGGCGCCUUUGGCCGGCCUGAAACCGAACCGGAUUGAUGCCGGACCGGGUUCAGCGCCGUUGGCAGGAGAUGCUAAGGUGAAAGGUGCGAGGCCCGCGUUCUCGAAAGGCCAGUCCGGCGGAAUGGCGGCGGGGGCGCAGAGAGUGCGGAAUGGAGGGCAGGUUCGCAAGCAGUUCAUAGCGACGCAGGCGGCUGCAAUUGCGGCGCAGACGAACAAGCCGGUGGAGCUAGUUCUGAGGGAGAAGAUGUGGCAAUAAGAAAGAAGGGAGCACGAGCGGCACUUUGACUCGAUCUGAUACUUAAUGCCCUUGUUGGCAAGGAUACGUCAAAUUUUUGCAGGGCUCAAAGAACCUGACUCUGACGAUUGCCCAAUUCAGAAGGGUACCUACCUAUUUGUUUAUACAAGCCGCUUAAAAUACAUCGGAAACCGGCCAUCAUGGACCUAGACCACUGCCCUAGACGCGGC